AAAUAAGCAAAGGGGCAAAAAAUAAAAUAAAUAAAAAAAAACUGAGCGAUUUUUUGCUAUAAAAGUCAGAAUUAAUUGAUAGGGAAAUGAAUAAUCAUCAUUAGUGAUGCCUGAAUCUGGCAUCAAGGUCAGAUUCAAUCAAGGCUAGAUUACAUAAAUAUUGUAACAUCUUAUAAACGGAGGCAUUUGUGGAGGCAGGACAGGAGGAGUGUUAUAGGCUGGUGCGUCCUCUUUUGUUAAUCCCACACUUUUGGAGACCCAUCGGACAUCCGGAACCGCUUCAAACCCCCUCAUCCUCUUUUUCCCUCCCUCUCCCCCUCAUCUAGUCCUGUUUCAGUCCAAGUGGCGCAUCGGCCGGGGAUGCAGCCUCUCGUCUCCGGCGCACGGACCUCGGGGCUUGGAGCUGCAGCAGAGCGCCUCAGCUCCAUCAUCUGACUUAUCAUGACUUAUCACGCAUCCAGCCGGACUGCUUUUAACUUCUGGACCACACACAACGCGGACAUCUUCAAUCAGAUAGUUUUUCUUUAAGCCAAGAGCGCAAAUCCAGCUGCGUUCAAUGCGCAACCACGAACAUCAUGUGCUCCCGCAGUGCGCUGCUGUCCGUCUACUACCCGCAGAUCUUCCUCAUCCUCACCAGCGGCAGCUACCUGGCGCUGUCCUCUGUGGUCGCUCUAGGAGCCAACAUCAUCUGCAACAAGAUCCCAGGACUGGCGCCGCGUCAGAGGGCCCUCUGUCAGAGUCGACCCGAUGCCAUCAUCGUCAUCGGCGAAGGCGCCCAGCUGGGCAUCAACGAGUGUCAGUACCAGUUUCGCUAUGGCAGGUGGAACUGCUCCGCCCUGGGAGAGAGGACCGUCUUUGGACAAGAGCUGAGAGUAGGAAGCAAGGAGGCAGCAUUCACUUACGCCAUCACAGCAGCUGGAGUUGCCCAUGCAGUGACUACAGCUUGCAGCCAAGGCAACCUGAACCAGUGUGGCUGCGACCGUGAGAAGCAUGGCUACCACACCCAAGAGGAGGGCUGGAAAUGGGGAGGCUGCUCAGCCGACAUCAAGUAUGGCGUGGAGUUUUCACGGCGCUUUGUGGAUGCCCGCGAGAUCAGAAAAAACGCCCGCCGGCUGAUGAAUCUGCACAACAACGAGGCAGGUCGAAAGAUCCUGGAGGAGAGGACAAAGCUGGAGUGCAAGUGUCAUGGUGUAUCUGGGUCCUGCACCACUAGGACCUGCUGGAUCACCCUGCCCAAGUUCAGAGAGAUCGGCUACAUGCUGAAGGAACGCUACAGCGAGGCGGUGCAAGUAGAGCCGGUUCGGGCCUCACGACUCCGCCAGCCCUCCUUCCUACGUCUGAAAGAUUCUCGGGGUUACCAGAAGCCCACAGACACAGAUCUGGUGUACCUGGAGCGUUCUCCCAAUUACUGUGAGGAGGACCGGGCCACGGGGAGCACAGGGACAAGAGGCAGACUGUGCAACGGCACGUCAACCCAAACAGUCGGUUGCAAUGUGAUGUGCUGCGGCCGGGGUUACAACACACACCAUUACACCCGAGUGUGGCAAUGCAACUGCAAAUUCCACUGGUGCUGCUUCGUUAAGUGCAACACCUGUAGUGAGACAUCUGAACUUUUCACCUGCAAGUAGGCAAAAGGAAAUAGGGGAUCCAAAGUGAGGGACUUGGAGUGAUGGAUAACAUUUUUGCACAUUUUAACAUCCUAUUUGGUGAUGAUAACAAAAUGAGAUAUGACAAGGUUUGAGCCCCUUUCACACUAGCGCCGGCUCCACUCCGCACAGCCUGGCCGGGUUGAUUACACACAUGAAUGCAGACGUGACUGAGCAUAUGGGAGGUAUGCAAAACUGGUGCAACGAAAUCAGUCAUGAGCGCAUCACUAAGCAUGCGGGUAGGGCAAAAGACACUGUUAGAAGUCUGUGGUAAACAAAAAAGGCAGCCAUGAGCAGUGUUGUUUUUGGAGACUGACUCUGAUAGUGCAUUCAUUGUGCUCUACAAAUGUGGACACCCCAUACCCUAUCUGGGCCGAGUGGAGCUGCGGCUAGUGUGGAAGGCAUUGGGAACCUUUAUGGUACACUUGCUUCCAACUUGAAAAAAUGAGACAAAGCAGAAAUGAUAGGACUUCAAAAUCACGUCUGAAUUUCGUUUGCAUCCAAUAAAGCUUUAUUGUUACAUCUUUAUAUGAUGUAUAUAAUACAUAAGUGUAGAGCAAAAUGAAAAAAGGUAACACUACAUUUGGGUUACUCUGAUCCAAGCCAGGUUCAGAUAAAGCCUAAAUGACUGCAGCCAAACGGUCCUCUUACACUGUAUUCUGUUGAAACACUGAAAAUUAAGCAAUUAUUUUUGUAAAACAUCUUUAAACUGUACAGCCUUGCUAGAUUCGUAGUUACUGACAUGGAUAUAAUUGUUGGUAUCCUCCUGUUAUGGAAAGAAAAACCCUUUGAAAUACCAGAAUUCAGACAUUGGUUUUGAACUCAGGAUUUGUUGCAAACAUUUGAAGGAAACAUUUGUUUAAGGUCAAGUUCACUCAUAUUAAUUAAUACAUCUGCAAUGGUCUCUAGUAGGAAUGAAUGGCUUGUAAGUCGUUUUCUGGAAAAAUCUCAGACGCUCCUGUUUGAGGACCUAGAAGUCAGCUGGAGGAGACAGUAGCUUCAGACGGCAGAGUCUAGUCUUCUCAGUGGCCUAGUGGUAGAGUGUCCGCCCUGGGACUGGGACAAGGUUCAAAUCUUGGCUGGGUCACACCGAUGACUUUAAAAAUGGGACCCAAUGCCUCCCUGCUUGGCACUCCGCUUUAGAGGGGUUGGAUUGGGGGGUUAAACCACCAAAUGGUUCCUGAGCGCGGCCACAGCUGCAGCUCACCGCUCCUCACAGGGAUGGGUCUAAUGCGGAGAUGAUUUUCACUGGUGGGUGAUGACUAAUGCGACUUUAACUUUAUUUCCUGAUAUUUGGACAUCUUGCCUCGCAUUUGAUAACAGCAAUGAUACUCUACCAUCAACUCCGUUUGCUCUGCAACACUGCUGAUGCUAAUGGUUAGCUUCUACUAGUCGAGACGUUCCCUGAUGUUUCCGGAUGCUAAACCAACAACAGUCUUCCCUGUUGCGAGCUAAGAUGGGCGAGUCCAUGAACGUUACGUGACCGUGUGACUUAGAUCUGUCAGACGUUUUUCUGUCUAUUUUCUAUGAGGCUAAUGUGAGAGAUAGGGGUAGAAGACAUUUAGUCUGCAUGUUCAACUCAGAGUGACUUAUCAUUUUCAAAAAUAAUAAGUAAAAGUUGGUUCUCACUUAACCUGCUCUUUAAGUGAUUUCUGUGACUCUUAGUGUGAAGUCUAUGUCCACCUAUCGCAGGAAUGAAGGGGGUCCUCUCCAGAUGUUUCAGCCGCCUUUACUGAUGUUGAAUAGGCUUCACAUCAGGCUUCACAUCAGGAUAAAAGGCCAUUUUAGAAUAGUCCAGUUCUUAGUCAUUCUUGGGUGUUUGAGUUUCAGUUAGCUCCAGAAUGUCUCAAACACCCUGAGUCAGAUGCAAGAACAAAAGUUCUAAAACAGAACUAAGCUUCCUCAAUGUUUCACCAUAGAUUCAGUGUUUUUAUGUACGUUUCAAAGAGAUAUAAGCUCCAGGUUUGUCUCAUCCAUCUAAAGGACAUUCUCCCAGAAUCUUUCAGGCUUGACAUCAAACAUUUGUCAAAUUCCACUCUCCCGUUUUUAUGAUUUGCUUUAAAAAUUAUGUCCUAUGUGGCCGUCUUCCAUUAAGUCCACUUUGGCUUGAAUUGCGAUGGAUGAGGCUAGUGAUGUACCUUGCAGUCCAACUCUGAUCUCUUGGGCAUUUUUCUAGGUUCACUGGUGAUCAGUUUCUUUAACUCGUCAUCCAUUAUGAGGUCACAUCCAGGGAGGUUGGCUAACGUGGGCUUUAAAUGUCUGAAUACGUGAACAUGUCUGGAUAUGACCUUUUAACUUCACUAUGCUGGUCAAUAAUUGUCUUUCUGCUCUCCUGAGUUCUCUGUAAUGCAUGUUCAAUGUGGUACACACCCUGAUACCAAACAGCCCUGUGACUAUGUUCAACCUUUAAAAAGGCCGACUGACUGAUUAUAAGACUGAAGACCGAUUUUGGGGAUAUGCAUUGGUGAAAUUAUUGCGAUACGAUACGUAUUACAAUACAGGGGAAAUGAUACAAUAUAUCACAAUAUUAUUGCAAUACAUUCAGUCAGACGAUAUGAGCAAUUUUUUAUGCUGAAUUAAUUAUAGGAGAAUUCAAUAAACAGUCCAAACUGAUACUUAACAUGUUUAACAAGAGGUAUCUGAAUCAUAAUAGAUGGAUUUACAUUUCAAUGGUGGAAACAAAACCCAUUGCACACUGUUGCCAACUAGCAGCCAGCGUUUGAAUUACACCAAAGAAAAGAAAAUACACAAACAUUUGCAAGUAAAUUCUUCCCCAAAUGAAAUACACUGCUUUUGAAUAUCGAUAUAUCGCUGGAAAAAAUAUCAUGAUAUAUUGCCAUAUCGAUAUUUUCUUACAUCCCUAUAACUGAUGCUGAUUACAGGACAAACCUUAGUGCAACAUGUCCCGUGCUCAAAUCAUAAUCAAUCUUUUCUGGAGGUACCACCAUUUAAGUCCAGACAACUUUCAGCAGUUUGUUAUUUGUAACUGUUCUGUUGAAUCACAUUUUAAAAGCAAUGUCUGAUUUUCAGUAAAUCUUUAUUUAUUACACUUUUGUAAAGUAUUGUGUUGUUUACUGUCCAACAGAAAGGCACCAACAAUGUUAACCACAUCUAUGCUCCAACAUCCCCAUUAUAAUCUUCAUUUCUCAUGUGAAGAACAUUCACUGAAGAGCAUCAUUUCCAUCAGCAUCCCUUCUCACAACAAAUUGUUUUCCUUUGUAGUUUUUUGGUCAUUGUUUAACCCUUUUUCCUAAGACAUGAGUCACACAAGGACAGAGGGGAGCAAAGGGAGAAUCUGUUCAUCGUUUGAUUUUUGGAGGACUUUGUACUUUAAAAAUUAAACAUAAACCUCGACAGAGGUGUAAUCAGGUUCAGACACAACCAGCAUUCCCUCGAGCAGCGAAGGCGUGGAAUUCCACACGCGGACUGUGCUUACACAAAGCCUUCCAGCGUGGUUUAGACCCGCUCCGAUUGCUGGCACGAAUCCUGACCACAAAGAAAUGGGAGUCUGAGACCAUCAAAGGCCUUUCUGGGUAGCACACUUAAUGUAUUUAGAGUAGUUUAUUUAGGCUUACAAAAGAAUUUGAAGAGUAUAUUUUUAUAUGAGGAACGUGGCCCUUUAGGUCAUGGUAACUUUAAGAUGAAUUUAGAGACGAGCCUUUUGCGUGUCAUCGUAUUAAUAUAUUUGAACGUUGUAACUUAUUUGGAGUUUAUCAAAGUACCUAAGCAGUAAAUACUCCAUUUGUUUUAUUAACAAGACCCUUAACCCUUCACCUGAGUUACACCAUUAAUGGUACUACAGGGAAGUUUGUGGAAACAUACUAGAUGAGGAAAAGCAGGUAAAAAAAAACCUGACACUUAGGAAAAUGCAGUAAACUACAACAGUACUGUAGAAAAAGUUGUAAGAUUUCUCCUGUUUUUCCAAUUUUAUGACAACUAAAGUCUACUUUAAACUGGAAGCUUCAGCAGAGCGAAACGGCAGCGGAACGUUUUACUCGCGACUUUCGCUGCAAGCCACUACACACUGGGAGAACCUCAGCUGCGAAGCGGCUUCUCUGCCAUGCUCCUCGCUGGACUCGCAGGAUCACAGAGUUUAUGCCAUUAAUCCAAAAAGAAGGAAA